AUGGCCAAGACAAGAGGAGCCUACAUCGCGUCUUCAUCAACCUGCAAUCCAAGGCCAAGAGCUUCACCUGCACGGGAUUCCACAUCUGAGGCUCCACAGGCCUCUGCCAUUCCACAUUCUGAGGGUGGAGUGCCAUCUAGCCCUCCUCAGCGUAGGCACGAGACGAGGAGACCACCUACUACACCUAGGGCAAGCAUUUUACGUCCCAAGAAAUCAGUUCAUUGCCCUCCUGCAAAGAAAGCCAGAGUUUCAGGCCCAGGAGAGUCAUCUGCACCUCCACAGCCUCAGCCUCUUGCUACAAAGUCUCAGAUUCCUUCUGGGAUGACUCUAGAAGUGAUUAUCAGGCGACCUAUGGUUACACAGCCACCUAUAGAGGGAAAUUUGGAUUGCUGA